CUUCUGUCCAUGGUUAUGAGGCCCCAUCAUAUGAUUGUGGAUGUGGGGAUCAGGCUUCUUUUCCUGGUGGUUGGGUUUUUCAUGAGCAGCUCAGCUCAGUCAGUUGAAGAAUGCAGGCCUCUGGUCACACCUCUUCCUACUUUCGAACCGAGUUAUGGAAAGUGGAUCUUCAUCAUGGGUUGGAUUGAUAGUGAACCAUUUAAAGUAUUGUUCAGAUCAGCAAAGAGCCUGUGGGUUCAUUUCCGUGAGACACCGGGACAACCCAAGGAACUUGUUGAGGAUGUUGGGAUCAGGCAUCCUACAUAUUGCAAGUAUGGAUCAUCCCCUGUAACUCUUCAUAUGAACACUGCAGUAACUGACAAGACAAACUUCAGCUGCACAUAUCACUCUCUUCCAACCUGUGAGGGAUGUCUGCUGUAUACCGUCCACAGCAGAAACAACAAUAAUUUACUUCCAAUUAUGAACAUCACCAACCCCACAACAAUUCAUGAGGUCAAAGGCUAUCGAGCUUUUUACCUGAUGGCUAGAGAAAACCACGUCAAGCAUUAUGAACUGGUACGUACCAUGAAGCAAGCCAAGUGUCUUGGUUUCACAGGAGAACCAGACUUCAUCUAUGACCCAGAGAAUACGUUGUGUAUUAAAGGAAAAGAAAAAUGAAGACAAUAGAAGCCCAUCUUAAGCUGAACUAAACUGAAAUGUUGGAAGUAAAUAAAUAGUCUUAAAACAUUA